AUGAUUCAUAUUGAAAUGUAUAUCAGUUCUUGUUGUGUAAUAUUCUUUUCUCCUCCUUUUCUUUUUUCUAACUUUCCUUUUUUGACACAUUUUUUUCUUUUUCUUUUUUUUAAAAUAAAUUUUUUUCUCCUUUUUCUUGUUUUUCUUUUUCUUCUCCUUUUUCUUGUUUUUCUUUUUCUUCUCCUUUUUCUUGUUUUUCUUUUUCUUGUUUUUCUUUUUCUUCUCCUUUUUCUUGUUUUUCUUUUUCUUGUUUUUCUUUUUCUUCUCCUUUUUCUUGUUUUUCUUUUCCUUCUUUUUCUUGUUUUUUUCUUCUCCUUUUUCUUUUCCUUCUUUUACUUGUUUUUUUUCUUCUCCUUUUUCUUUUCCUUUUUCUUCUUUUACUUGUUUUUUUUCUUCUCCUUUUUCUUGUUUUUCUUUUCCUUUUUCUUGUUUUUUUUUUCUUCUCCUUUUUCUUGUUUUUCUUUUUCUUCUCCUUUUUCUCCUUUUACUUGUUUUUCUUGUAUUCCUUCCUUUCUUCAUUUUUGCCAUACAUUUUCUUUUACUCAGGAGAGGAGGAAGGAGAGAAAGAAUCUUUCUUUACAUUUUUUGUUACUUCUCACUGUCUCACAAUUUCCCCCCUCACCUUCAGUCUUUUCUUUUACUCCUCUUUUUUUCUUUCCUGUUCUUUUUUUCUUCCCUUUCAGUCUUUCUUUUACUGUCUUUUUUUUCCGCUUUCUCCUCCUUCCCUUUCAGUCUUUCUUUACUGUCUUUUUUUCCUUCCCUUUCUCUCUCACCCUUCCCUUUCAGUCUUUCUUUACUGUCUUUUUUUCCUUCUUGCUUUCUCUCACUCCUUCCCUUUCAGUCUUUCUUUACUGUCUUUUUUUCCUUCUUGCUUUCUCUCACUCCUUCCCUUUCAGUCUUUCUUUACUGUCUUUUUUUCCUUCUUGCUUUCACUCACUCCUUCCCUUUCAGUCUUUCUUUACUGUCUUUUUUCCUUCCCACUUUCUCUCACUCCUUCCCUUUCAGUCUUUCUUUACUGUCUUUUUUUCCUUCUUGCUUUCACUCACUCCUUCCCUUUCAGUCUUUCUUUACUGUCUUUUUUUCCUUCUUGCUUUCCUCCUCCUUCCCUUUCAGUCUUUCUUUACUGUCUUUUUUUCCUUCUUGCUUUCACUCCUCCUUCCCUUUCAGUCUUUCUUUACUGUCUUUUUUUUCCUUCUUGCUUUCCUCCUCCUUCCCUUUCAGUCUUUCUUUACUGUCUUUUUUCCUUCUUGCUUUCCUCCUCCUUCCCUUUCAGUCUUUCUUUUUUGUCUUUUUUUUCCUUCCCACUUUCUCUCCUCCUUCCCUUUCAGUCUUUCUUUACUGUCUUUUUUCCUUCUUGCUUUCCUCCUCCUUCCCUUUCAGUCUUUCUUUAUUGUCUUUUUUUUCCUUCUUUCUCUCACUCCUUCCCUUUCAGUCUUUCUUUACUGUCUUUUUUUUCUUCUUGCUUUCCUCCUCCUUCCCUUUCAGUCUUUCUUUACUGUCUUUUUUUUUCCUUCUUGCUUUCCUCCUCCUUCCCUUUCAGUCUUUCUUUACUGUCUUUUUUUCCUUCUUGCUUUCUCUCACUCCUUCCCUUUCAGUCUUUCUUUACUGUCUUUUUUCCUUCUUGCUUUCACUCACUCUUUCUGUCCCUCCUUCAUUUUUUUCUUUACUUUCUUUUCUUCUUUCUCACUCAUUCCUUCUCUCUUUCAACCUUUUACUUUUUCUUUCUUCUCACUUUCUCUCAAUCCUUCCCACUUUCUUUCAGUCUUUCUUUACUUACUUUCUUUCCUUCUCACUUUAUCAUUAUUUUUCCUGCUUCUCCUUUUCUAUUUGUGUUUCCCAUUUUUGCCAGGAAAAAAUGUGAGCCGCUGA